AUGGAGCCGGCGAGCUUUGAAACUGGAGACCCGUCGUCGUCGCCAGCCCGAGAUGGGGCAAAACCCGCCACUGCUACCGCGGGUGACCGCAACAGCGUUGGCAGUGUGGUCCCGCCAUACUGGCAAUCCCACCAGCGCAACGCGUCCUAUCUAAGCAACUACUCUGCUGACAACGGCCGCCCCACUCCCAUCGGCCUCGAGGACCAUACCGAUGAGGGCUCAGACCACUGCAAAGUUCUCUGGGCCAAGGGUGUCACGAUAGAUGAUUACGUUGUCAUCAGCGGCACGGCUGCGGCACCUGGAUUUGGAGCUUAUGUCGUCUUCAAUUGCACGGUCGAGACACUCGAUGGUGGUCCCAUGAAGAUACGAAAGAGAUACUCAGAGUUUGAAGAUCUGCACACAAAGCUGCUCCAGACCUUUCCUCACGCCGCGGGUUCCAUGCCGCACUUCCCACCCAAGUCCGUAAUAUCUCGCUUUAGGCCCCGUUUUCUGGAAAAGCGGAAACAAGGACUUUCGUACUUUCUCAAUUGCGUUUUGCUCAACCCGGAGUUCGCUGGAUCACCAGUCUUGAAGGACUUUCUUUUCUCCGAAUCGCGAAUGAUCUCGAGUCUGCUCAAUAUCAUGGCCAACGCCGUUCGGCCUCCGCUGCUGCGAAGCUCGAAUGAACGGCAGACGAGGCUCAACUUCCUGCCCGUGUCGCGCGAUGACGCCCUCCAACAAGCCCAGCGCAACAACAAUAACACGCCCGUCACGACAAGACGGACCUCCAAAAGCGGCCCAUUGCUUGCGCUUGCUGAUGACGAUAGAUCCGUCAAGCAAUUAACCCACACGCCCAACAAACCCCCUCCGCCUGCGCGCACCAGCAGCAGGAAGCGGCCAGCCACAGCCUUGGAAGACGACGCGACCGACACGAGACCUCCCACCAAGAUCACCGUGACACAACCACACGGCGAGCUUCUGCGCAUCACCAAUGGCGUCGCCGCCCCGCUGGGCAUAGACGCCGACGACGUCCCCUCUGCGAGGUCCACGCCUAGGCCAGGCAGCUCCGGCAAGCUUACUGCGCCCCCAGCUGUCCCCGCCCCGGCCUCGACAGCGUCGUCGACAGACAAGCGCAGCCUGAGAAGCCACGACGGUGGAUCCCGCCUCAAGAGUGAUCUCGCCGUCUACUUUUCAAACUACGACGACAUCAUUGCAGGUGUGCCCAAAGAGGAUGAGUUCCUCGAUAUCGAUACCCCCAUAUACAUUGUCGACGAGCCCAUCAAGCCCAAGACGCCUGAGCCCACAAGAAGCUCACUAAGCCCGACGCGCUCACGGAAAGCGAGACCUUCGUCCCCGUCGCGCCAUGCUUCAGAUCCCUCAAUACCCCUAGCCCAGUCCUCGACUUCCUUCACCGUCCUCAACUACGCCUCUGUAGCCAAUGCCAUCACCCGCAAUGACGGCGAAGACCCCCUCGCCGACUCGGUCUUCUUCACACAACACCGACGCGCUGAGCGCAAGGAGAAGCAGCUGCGCAAUAUCGAAAAGGAGCGCGCCAUGCACGAGAAGGUGCAGUUAGAGAGGCUUCUCGAUGGACUGCAGGGCCCAGACUGGCUCAAGGUUAUGGGCAUAACAGGCGUGACAGACGGCGAGAGAAAGGACUGGGAGGCCAAGCGCGACUACUUUGUCAGAGAGGUAGAAGCACUAGUGGACAAGUUCCGCGUCUGGAAGGAAGAAGAGAAACGCUUGCGUGCUGAAAAGGAAGCAGCUCUCGCCGCGAGGGAAGACGAUGAGGAAGAAGACGGCGAAGAGACCGAAGACUCAGACAACAUUGUAGUCAACGGCCGCGAUGCUCCACCACCACGACAGCAGCCCAAAGAACCUGAGCCACCGAAACCACGAAGACCACCGCGUCCGCAUGGCUUUCUCCUCCCAUUCGUGCCACCUGAACCUGCAGCCCCAUUCAGCUCCUUUUAUGCUAAACCACACCUCCGCGCCGCUGCCCUUGGUAAACACAGACACGGUCGCAACGCGUCUGCCUUUGGUCAGCCUAUACCCGAUUUCGUCGAAAGGGAGUUUGAGCUGCCCGACGAUUUCAUCGACCCCCAGUUCCUGAGAGACAAUGCGCGCCAAAGACGGAGACGGAAGAGGGAAAGUGGUGUGAAUACAGGUACAGGGACCAGUGCACAUUAA